AGGAGCUGCUGCCCCUGCGGGAGGGACCCCGGGAACCUUCAAGCAAACCAAAGCGCAGAGAGCCCGGACUAUGGCUCUGUACAACCCCAUCCCUGUCCGGCAGAACUGCUUCACCGUCAACAGAUCGCUCUUCCUCUUUGGGGAAGAGAACAUAGUCAGGAAAUAUGCCAAGAAGCUCAUCGACUGGCCUCCCUUCGAGUACAUGAUCCUGGCAACCAUCAUUGCCAACUGCAUAGUGCUGGCCCUCGAGCAGCACCUCCCUGAAGAUGACAAGACGCCCAUGUCACGGAGAUUAGAGAAGACAGAGCCCUACUUCAUUGGGAUUUUCUGCUUCGAGGCUGGGAUUAAGAUCGUGGCUCUGGGAUUCGUUUUCCACAAGGGCUCGUACCUGCGCAAUGGCUGGAACGUCAUGGACUUCAUCGUGGUCCUCAGCGGCAUCCUCGCCACUGCUGGGACGCACUUCAACACCCACGUGGACCUGCGGACGCUGCGGGCCGUGCGCGUGCUCAGACCUCUGAAGCUCGUCUCAGGCAUUCCCAGCCUGCAGAUUGUGCUGAAAUCCAUCAUGAAGGCCAUGGUGCCUCUCCUCCAGAUCGGCUUGCUGCUCUUUUUUGCGAUCCUUAUGUUUGCCAUCAUUGGCCUGGAGUUUUACAGCGGGAAGCUGCACCGAGCCUGCUAUACAAACAAUUCAGGUGAACUAGAGGAGCUGGACCCCCCCCAUCCAUGUGGGGUGCAGGGUUGCCCCCCAGGCUACGAAUGCCGGGAGUGGAUCGGUCCCAACGACGGGAUCACGCAGUUUGACAACAUCCUCUUUGCUGUGUUGACCGUCUUCCAGUGCAUCACCAUGGAAGGGUGGACCACAGUCCUCUACAAUACCAAUGAUGCCUUAGGAGCCACCUGGAACUGGCUGUACUUCAUCCCCCUCAUCAUCAUUGGAUCUUUUUUCGUCCUCAACCUUGUCCUGGGAGUGCUGUCGGGGGAGUUUGCCAAAGAGCGCGAGCGAGUGGAGAACCGCCGGGCCUUCAUGAAGCUGCGGCGCCAGCAGCAGAUUGAGCGGGAGCUCAAUGGCUACCGGGCCUGGAUAGACAAAGCGGAGGAAGUCAUGCUGGCUGAAGAGAACAAAAAUUCUGGGACGUCAGCCUUAGAAGUGCUCAGGCGAGCCACCAUCAAAAGGAACCGGACGGAUGCCAUGAACCGUGAUUCAAGCGAUGAGCACUGCGUCGAUAUCGCCUCCGUGGGUAACCCCUUGAGUCACUCUGGCCUCAAAGGUGCCAGAGUGGAUGGUGCCUCCUACUUAAGGCACAAGGAGCGACUCCUGCGCAUCUCCGUCCGCCACAUGGUGAAAUCCCAAGUCUUCUAUUGGAUCGUCUUGAGCCUGGUGGCUCUCAACACUGCCUGCGUGGCCAUCGUCCAUCACAACCAGCCAGCCUGGCUCACACACUUUCUCUACUAUGCAGAGUUCCUGUUUCUUGGACUCUUCCUUCUGGAAAUGUCCUUAAAGAUGUAUGGGAUGGGGCCACGCCUUUACUUCCAUUCUUCCUUCAACUGCUUCGACUGUGGGGUCACAGUGGGAAGCAUCUUUGAAGUGGUUUGGGCUAUCUUCAGACCAGGAACCUCUUUUGGGAUCAGUGUCCUACGAGCCCUUCGUCUCCUGCGAAUAUUUAAAAUAACCAAGUACUGGGCAUCUUUGAGGAAUUUGGUGGUCUCGCUGAUGAGCUCCAUGAAGUCUAUUAUCAGCCUGCUCUUCCUCCUCUUCCUCUUCAUUGUAGUCUUUGCCCUGCUGGGAAUGCAGCUGUUUGGAGGCAGGUUUAACUUCAUCGAUGGGACGCCAUCAGCAAACUUCGACACUUUCCCUGCUGCCAUCAUGACGGUGUUCCAGAUCCUGACGGGUGAGGACUGGAACGAGGUGAUGUACAACGGCAUCCGCUCCCAGGGAGGCGUUCGCUCAGGCAUGUGGUCCUCCAUCUACUUCAUCGUCCUCACCUUGUUUGGAAACUAUACUCUGCUGAACGUGUUCUUGGCCAUUGCGGUGGACAACCUGGCAAAUGCUCAGGAGCUCACCAAGGAUGAGCAGGAGGAAGAGGAGGCCUUUAACCAGAAGCACGCCCUUCAGAAAGCCAAAGAAGUCAGCCCCAUGUCUGCCCCAAACAUGCCUGCUAUCGA